AUGAAGACCUCUGCCAUCUUCUGCGCCGCCCUGGCUGCCGCCGCCGUUGCCCAGCCCCACCAGCACGGAAACAAGAAGCGCCAUGUCCACGGCAAGCACCAGAAGCGCGCUCUCGUCACUGAGUGGGUUACCGAGACCGCCUACGUGACCGAGUGGGUUGAUGCCACCGAGACCGCCUGGGUCCCCUCCUCCGAGGCAUCUGCCACUCCCUCCGCCGUUCCCACCACCUCCGUGCCCGGCCAGUUCUUCGAGCCCGGCAACUCGCCCUCUUACACCACGCUGUCCACCUCGACCAAGGCCGCUGCACCCGUUGUUCAGGAAUCCAUCCAGCAGGCUCCCGUUGUCUCGUCCAGCAGCUCCACCCCUGCUCCCGCUCCCCAGACCCCGACUCCUCAACCCGCUCCUCAGCCGACCACCACUUCUGUCUACAUCGCUCCCGUCAUCGUUCCUACCACCCCUGCCUACGUUGCUCCUGUUGUCGCCACCACCAGCACUCCUCAGGUCCAGGCCCAAGCCACCACCGGCAGCAGCAGCAGCAGUGGUGGCUCUUCUUACAGCGGUAAGCUGACCUACUACGCCAUCGGCCUGGGUGCUUGCGGCGAGGACGACAGCGGCAAGGACAAGACUGAGAACAUUGUUGCUCUCUCCGUUCUCAUGAUGGGCUCGGUUUCCAACGGCAACUCCUACUGCGGUAAGAAGAUCCAGAUCUCCGCCAACGGCAAGACCACCACCGCCACCGUUCGCGACAAGUGCAUGGGCUGCUCUCACGAUGCCAUCGAUGUCAGCGAGAAGGCCUUCCUCGAGAUCUUCGACAGCCUCGAUGUCGGUGCCGGUACCGUCGACUGGAAGUUCAUCAACUAA